GAACUCUUUUGUUUUAGUAGUAUUCCUCUUCUUUGUGAUUAAAUUGGUGUUUCCAAUGCAAAAUCAGGCCAUCUGAAUGAAGAUUCAUGACAACCUAUUCAUGACAAAUUAGUUGGUCACUCUGAUUGCAUUAAACAGAUCUGAAGUCUAUCGGAUGCGCUCCUCUGGAAUGAGCCCUUGCUGACACCUUCCUCCUGGACUUUCUCACCAUUCCUGAAUACGGGAGUGGUUGUUGCAGUAACCAUGACAGCAUUCCCGUUUCGGGUCGGACCGCUGUCCUUCGUUGGACUUGUCAUCUUCCACCUCCUCUCUCUGCCUCUCGUCACGUCACAGACCCCAUCACUCCCAGCGACCUCUGACCCGGAGUCUGCGCCCUCUCUGCCUGAAGAGUGCCGGAGAAAAAUGCACCCCGUUACCUCCUACACAGCUUUGACCCCGUGGCUGUCUUCUUUCUCUCUGCCUGGAGUGAAUGACUAUUCACCGCUCGCACUCGACCUCACCAGAAACCAGCUGAUAGUUGGAGCCAGGAAUCAUCUCUUCCGGUUGAGUUUGAGCAACGUCUCUUUGCUGCAGGCCACAGAAUGGGGUGUAGACGAGAGCACCAGGAGGUCCUGCCAGAGCAAAGGAAAAACAGAGGAUGAGUGUCAGAACUAUGUCCGCGUCCUCCUGUUAAAUGGCAGUCGUCUGUUCACCUGCGGCACUAAUGCUUUCAUGCCCAUCUGCACGACUCGCCCUAUUACGGACGUCUCCAGCGUCCUGGAGUCCAUCAGCGGUGUGGCCCGCUGUCCCUACGACCCUCGACACAACUCUACAGCCAUGAUAACUGAGAGUGGAGAAGUCUACGCCGCCACAGUGACUGAUUUCUCCAGCCGCGACCCGAUUAUUUACCGCAGUCUGGGGAACAUGCCGCCCCUGCGGACCGCACAGUACAACUCCAAAUGGCUCAAUGAACCUCACUUUGUCUCUGCAUAUGAGGUGGGCCGCUUCACGUACCUCUUUCUGAGAGAGAAUGCAGUGGAACAGGACUGUGGGAAGACGGUCUUCUCUCGUGUGGCCCGUGUGUGUCAGAAUGACAUUGGAGGUCGUUUCCUUCUGGAAGACACAUGGACCACCUUCAUGAAGGCUCGACUCAACUGUUCCCGCUCUGGAGAUGUUCCCUUCUACUACCAUGAGCUGCAGAGCACCUUCUACCUCCCUGAGCAAGAUCUCAUUUAUGGAGUCUUCACCACCAAUGUGAACAGCAUUGCUGCAUCAGCAGUGUGUGCGUUUAACCUCAGUGCCGUCACGCAGGCCUUUAACGGACCCUUUCGUUAUCAGGAGAACCCUCGCACCAGCUGGCUUUCCACUCCCAACCCCAUCCCAAAUUUUCAGUGCGGGACAGUGAAUGAUUCGGGUCCGGGCGGUAAUCUAACAGAACGCAGUCUUCAAGACGCCCAGAGGCUGUUCCUCAUGAGUGAAGUGGUUCAGCCCAUCUCCACAGACCCUCUGGUCAUGCAAGACAACAUCCGUUUCUCCAGACUGGCUGUGGACAUUGUUCAGGGGAGGGACACGCUCUACCACGUCAUGUACAUCGGCACAGAGUACGGCACCAUUAUCAAGGCCUUGUCCACAACUAAUAGCAGUCUGCAUGGAUGUUACUUGGAGGAGAUGAAUAUUCUUCCAGAAAACAUGCAGGAGCCGAUCCUGAACCUGCAGAUUCUGCACAGCGAUAGGUCGCUUUUCGUGGGACUUCCCAGCAGAGUGCUGAAGAUCCCACUGGAGAGAUGCUCCAACUACAAAAACGAACAGGAGUGUCUUGGUGCCAGGGAUCCGUACUGCGGCUGGGACCGGAAACAGAAGCGCUGUACGACCAUUGAGGACAGUUCCAACAUGAGCCAGUGGAGCCAAGACAUCACAAAGUGCCCUGAGCGUAACCUCACCCAGGAUGGUGGAUUUGGUCAGUGGUCACCAUGGCAGGCUUGCAACCAUGAUGAUGGAGGUGAAGGCACCAGCACAUGUCAGUGUCGCACUCGGGCCUGCGAUAACCCUCGACCCCAGUGUGGAGGGAUGAAGUGUGUCGGGGCGAACAUAGAGGUGGCCAACUGCUCCAGGAAUGGAGGGUGGACUCCCUGGUCAUCCUGGGCCGAGUGCAGCACCAGUUGUGGCAUUGGAUUUGAAGUCCGUCAGCGAUCCUGCAACAACCCAGCACCCCGACACGGGGGACGCAUAUGUGUGGGUCAGGCGCGAGAGGAGAGACUGUGUAACGAAAAGAAUCUGUGUCCUGUUCCCGUGUCCUGGGUCUCCUGGAGCGCUUGGUCCAAAUGUAGUGUUGCCUGCGGUGGUGGAGUCCAGUCCCGCGUUCGAACCUGCGAGAAUGGCAACACAUGUCCUGGUUGCCCUCUGGAGUAUAAGGCGUGUAAUUUGGACGCGUGUGCCGAGGUGAGGCGGACCACACCGUGGACACCCUGGUACCCUGUUAAUGUGACUCAGAUGGGGGCGAGACAGGAGCAGCGGGUCAGGUACACCUGCAGGGCUCUGCUCGCCGACCCUCACGACCUUCAGCUCGGCAAACGCAAGAUAGAGACUCGCCUCUGUCCCACCAGUGAUGGAGCUGCUGCUUGCGAGACUGACGGUCUAGUUGAGGACUUGUUGAGGCUGGGUCGACCUGUGACACGAGUGCAAGGAGCCGCCUGGUCUUCAUGGGAAACGUGGUCUACGUGUUCCAAAGAGUGUUCCAAAGGCUUCCGCACACGCAAGCGCUCCUGCGCCACACCAGAUGGCAAGAGCACGCCGUUCGCCUGCAGCGGAGCGCCGGUCGAGUAUCAGGACUGCAACAUUCAGCCGUGCCCAGUGAAGGGGGCGUGGUCAUGCUGGUCUUCCUGGUCUCAGUGUUCUACUUCCUGUGGCGGCGGUCAUUACCAGCGCUCCCGUACCUGCUCUAACCCUUCCCCUGCUCAUUCUGGAGACAUCUGCAUCGGCCUGCACACAGAGGAAGCGCUCUGUAACACACACGAGUGUGAAGGUGGAUGGGGGGCGUGGUCAGAGUGGGCGGAGUGUAAUGAGGAGGGGCUGCAGCUCCGGACUCGUACGUGUGAAACGAGCUCCGCCUCUUGCCAAGGAAACUCCACAGAUCAGAGACAGUGUCGACCCAAUGAGAGCGCAGUGCUGUCAAAGGGACAGAAGAGGAGCACAAACUGUGGAGGGUUUUCUCUGUUCCAUUUGGUGCUGACUGGAGCGUGCUGUUUUCUGGGAGCCGUUUUGUUGUCCGUCCUGGUUUACGUGUACUGUCAGAGACUCCGCAAACCCCCUCAAGAAUCUGCAGUUAUCCAUCCCAGCACCCCCAACCACCUACACUAUAAAGAGAACAGCUGUGCGCCCAAGAACGACUUAUACACACCCAUGGAGUUCAAGACUCUGAAUAAGAACAACUUGCUUCCACCAGAUGAAAGCUGCAACUUCUUCCCAUCAGCUUUACCGCAGACCAACGUCUACGCCACCACGUAUUACCCGUCUCCUCUGGGCAAAUAUGACUACCCUUCCAUGGAUUCACCAUGCAGCUACAUGCACAGCUGAUGCACAGACACACCUCUCCUGCUUUCUUAAGGGUGUGUGACCGCAGUUACGCACCGUCAUCCGUCCAUGCAGGUGCAUUGGAGAAUGCAUGGAUCCACAGGAAGCUAAGUGCAUAAUCUGCAUCUCAGAAGAUGCAGGAAAAUGCAAAGGGGUGAUGUUCGGAUAAGACGGGCCCAUGUAGUUUUCUUGUAGCAUUUCUUUCCUAAAUGUCAUCUCAAAACUGGAAGUCACGGGUUCAGCUGAUCACAUGUCGUCGUAAUAACUACAGACUGACACUCACAAAGCAUGCACACUUAUUACAGUGCAAAGGAGAAAAGAGGAUUCUGGGAUUAAGCUCAAAACUGAAUUGUGACGUACUACUUUAUGUGCUGGCGUCUUUGUGUUGUUUUUCAUAACCGAAAAAACUGCAACGCAGAACUCGUUUUGAGUCAAUAAAGCAUGAAGGCUUCCAGACAGCUGUGACGUCUCACAAUAAGCCUGAACAUCUGUUUCCCUUAUUUCUUCCUGGUUUACGUCCUUUUCUGCUCCAGAACUUCAAGAACUAGAAGAGAUACAUGGAAUCAGGAUUACUGGUAAUGCGACUGAUUAACAUCAGUGAAGUAUGGAUGAACUCAUAAAAGACUUCAUCUUCAGUGUCCAAUAAAAGACCUGAGGCUCUUACACAUUUGGAUACGGAUGUGACACUUUUUAAAGGGAAAGUUCACCCAAAUAUGACAGUUCUGCCAUCAUUUACUCACCCUUAUGUCAUUACAUACAUUUGUGUCAAAACAUCACAGGUGAAUAUAGUAAAAAUUAACUAGAUAUCACUGUAUUUUCCCAAUUGUUAAGAAAAUUUUGUAUUACAAGUUUUCUGAAAUGUUAUGUUUAAAUAUGCAAAUGAGGCAUUAUCUUAUUAAAUAUGCACUAAUUUGCAUAUAUGUAAACAACAGAAGCCAGGUUCAAAAUUCUUGUUUUAUUUUGUUAAACUAUUAGCGUUAACAGCUUUUAUAGAGGAGAUUUUGAAGAUCUCUUAUCACUCCAUAAAUCUUAAAGUACUUGGAACAAAAAUGAAAAAUCACCAUGUUUUUAGGAGGAAGAUGUUGAAUAAAUCAAAUCAGUUUGAUGUAUGAACAAACCCCUCUGUACAAACCUUUAGAAUACAGAUAGAAAUAAGAAUGAGAAAACUGACUGAAAUUUAAUUUGCUUGCUAAGAUCUUUUAAAAAUCUAAUUCACAUAUUCAAAGUUGGUGCAUUGAGAUUCACACAUUCUGUUAAACUCUUUAUCUGACCAUGGAAGUCAUGAAAUGAUGUGAGGAUGAGUAAAUAAUGACAAAAUGUAUACAUUUUGAUCAAUUAAUUGUUCAAAAAGAAUUGUGACUGAACAAUGGCAGUGUGAAAUAACUCGGUGUGAGUGUUAUUGAAUUUAAAGGGAUGUACGUUUGUAAGUACGUGUGUAUAUUUGUAGCUGACAUUAUAUAUUUAUACACAAAUGAUGAUUUUUUUUUUUUUUGAUGGAAUCAGGUUUUUUUUUUUCCCACAGUGAACAUAAGAACGAGUACACUAAGAGUGCUCAGAUUUUCGCUUAUUUCUUACACAUGACCAUUUUUUUUCUGUCUGCCAUUGUGUGUACAGUAUGUUUAAUGAAAAUAUGUUUUAUGAAAUAUUUUAUGUUAAUUCUUUCCAAUGAGCCCAUAUGAACUUCAAUGCAAGAUGCAAACAGUCUGGUUGGAUGUUGAAUACGAUAUUAGAGCAGAAGCGGCUGCUGUCGUUUGUGCUGGAGCUGGACGCUUGCUGAUGACGCUUUUUUUACGCUGAUGUUGCAUGGAUGCUGCAUUAUCUGAAUGCAGACGAUUCUCUAUGCAAUAAAAAAAAAAAGAAAAGAAAAUGAUUUUUCCAACACAUGAUCACUGCCUUUAUACACUGUGAACUUUUUGCUAUGUUUUUAUAUGUUGUACAUUGUAAAAAUAAAUAAAUAUCCAGCUGGGUG